AUGGAAAACUACGGUCUUGUUUCCUCGGAUCCGUCGUGGACCUGGAUCGUGGAGAAGCAAUGCUAUGUCUCCUGGUCAGACAAUGAGGAAGAUUUGAAAGAGCUGGGAGAGACCUCGCCCAGGAACUGUACAUCGAGACUCACUCUCAACAUCGGCCGGCGUCCGGAGAGCGAUGAGUUACUAAUCGCUCUGCAUCUUCCAAUAUUGGAGCGGGGCAAAAAGAACGCUCGAGAUAUGUUCAUGAUCAUACCAAACACUUUCGACAAAUCUCAGCUGGACAAGACCUUUCCGUCCGUGCAAAAACCUGGACGGGCAAAAUUGAACAGUGCCGGAUUUGCGUAUUGUAAUCUGUUCCACAUUCCGGUUACUGUGGCCGAACCAUGUACCGUCAUCAUGCCUCAGAGGAAACGUCAAAAGUCCAUGGAAGGCACAGCACACGUCUUGGUGUCAAAGUUGAAAUCACUGUCAGAGUCCUUGUCAUUCGACAUAUACACCAGGUUCGACACAUUCGCACAGGUGCAGCUUCGCAAGGCAUUUACAGAAAUCGAUCAGCUCAACAUGCCUUCGCUGCUACUGGAAAGCAUGUACAACGGAUGUGGAGGUAGGGUCAACGAGUGGCAAUACCAAGGGCUCAAUCUCGAACCUCAGAGCACGAGAAACUCGUUCAAUCCUGAAGCACCUCAACGAGCAUCGCCACAGCCGCCUCCUUAUACUCGAGACAACAUUACAUCACUUGAUUCGAACGCGUCUCAGCCCCCUGAGCCACUGCGAGAGUUCCAAGUGCCCUUCAGUGAUGCCGAUGUUGCUCCCAUAUCAAUGCACAAAGACAGUGACGGUGAAGGGAUACCAGAGACACCUUUCUACGCCCGCAUGCAACGGAUAUUGGAUUAUCGAUCUCCAGACAUCAACUACCGCCGUGAGGACUGUUCAAAGCGUGCCGCAAUUGUCGAUCUGCUGCCUGAUGCACGCCGUGUAAAGCAGAUUCGCGCCCGUCACUCGCCUCUGAUCAGACCCUCCAAACGGGAAGCUUCUGCCCCAGUCAUUGUCGGCGCUUCAACUGCUGUCGGACCUGAUGAUGUGGCGGUUGCCACAGGGCAUGGUGUAACUUCACCUACGGGCCCAUCGGCCGACAAGUUGGAGGAGAAUUCGUGGCAGUUGUUCGCAUCAACCCCAGCUUCUCUCUCCAUAGACCGGGACGCAGAGAAGACGGUUGCUGUGCAUCGCGAUGCCAGUCUGCCGUUCGACAAAGCCGAAGAGAUAGCACGCUGGCUACAUGGUGCUUGGAAUGUUUUGCCAGACGCCCACCAUGUACUCCGUUCCGAGCUUCUCGCUCUUGGGGCCGCAGAGGACGCAAGUUGUUUUGCAGAGCUCCGCAUCGACUGCUCGACAAACCUCGCUUUCGCCACCGCCCGAAUCACCAAGCAAACCUUGGUCGAAGCGGCGACGGACGCGUCAGAAGUGCAGCAAGUCAGAGAAGUCGUGCAGUGGGUGAACGGAGUGAAAUCUGGCACCGAUAUUGCAUUGCUGCAUGACCUUGUGACUCUAGCAGGGGCCGCGAUAGACGUGGCAGAUUGUGUUUUUCAGGAGAAGCGACAGAAUCAGCAAAGAUUCUCGGUGCUCAAAGCGAGGUGUAUCGCCUCUGCGUGCGUUUUAUGA